UCAGGAUCUCACCAAAUUCAAUUCCCAAAGUUUUCACAGAGACCACCACCAUCGCUAACGUCUCCGCCUCAGAACCACCGUAGUAAGAGAGUGAAAAAUAUCACAAAAUUAUGGGUAAAGGCGGAUCACUAAGCGAAGGCGUGAUUAAGAACAUAAUCAUCUCCUACACAUACGUAGCGAUAUGGAUCUUCCUAAGUUUCACCGUCAUCGUCUACAACAAAUACAUCCUCGACAAGAAGAUGUACGGUUGGCCAUUCCCGAUCACACUCACAAUGAUCCACAUGUCCUUUUGCUCAACCCUAGCUUUUCUCCUCAUCAAGGUCUUCAAAUUCGUCGAACCUGUCUCAAUGUCACGUGACACUUACCUCAGAUCCGUCGUGCCUAUCGGAGCCUUGUACUCGCUCUCUCUUUGGCUGUCUAACUCGGCCUACAUUUACCUCUCUGUCUCCUUCAUUCAGAUGCUCAAAGCGUUGAUGCCUGUGGCGGUUUAUUCGAUUGGCGUGCUCUUCAAGAAAGAGGGUUUCAAAUCGGAGACUAUGAUUAACAUGCUUUCGAUCUCUUUCGGUGUAGCCAUUGCUGCUUACGGUGAAGCUAGAUUCGAUGUUUGGGGUGUGAUUCUCCAGCUAGGUGCGGUUGCUUUCGAGGCGACACGGUUGGUUAUGAUUCAGAUCUUGCUUACUUCUAAAGGAAUCACUUUGAAUCCCAUCACUUCUCUCUAUUACGUUGCUCCUUGUUGCUUAGCUUUCUUGUUUAUCCCUUGGAUCGUCGUGGAGUUUCCCAUCUUGAGAGAUACAUCUAGCUUCUAUUUCGAUUACCUCAUUUUUGGGACGAACUCGUUCUGUGCGUUUGCUCUGAAUCUUGCUGUGUUCCUUCUUGUUGGGAAAACCUCUGCCUUGACAAUGAAUGUUGCUGGUGUGGUUAAGGACUGGCUCUUGAUCGCCUUUUCUUGGUCUGUGAUUAAGGACACUGUCACUCCUAUUAAUCUUUUCGGGUAUGGGAUCGCGUUCUUGGGGGUUGCCUACUACAAUCAUGCCAAAUUACAAGCAUUGAAGGCUAAAGACGCUCAGAAGACUACUCAGCAAGUAGAUGAAGAGAGUGGUCGGCUUUUGGAAGAGAGGGAAGGAAAUGAAGGUGGGAGGAAGAACGAGCCACAAGAUUAAAAAGGUGAAGAAUUGGAUUUUGGUAAAAUUUGAGUUUUUUUUUUUUUUUACUGCUUAAUAUACAUUUGUUGGAAUAAGAGCUUGAAGGUUAUAGUAGAUGCCAAACACAUUUUGAUUAUGAUUAUGAUUAUGAUUAUGAGACGUAAGAAUGGCAUUUGGUCUAACUGGUUUUGUUUAGUUUUUUCCUAUGUUUCCACAAUUUGCCUUAGUGGUGAAUCCGGGUUAGGUUCUGAUCUAUCGAUACCCGUAUGGGAAUAUCUUAGGUAGUGAAUUUUCUUCAUAUUCUGUUUUUUUUUUCCUUCUUUAUUUAUGGUUGUGAGUGUUGUUAUUUACCAACAUUUUCCA